CCCUUGCCCGCCCGGUCCCGGCCGAGAGGGCCCCGCGGGCGGGGAGCCAAGCCGUCCCGGCUCCUCCUCCUCCUCCUCCUUCUCCACCUCCCCUUCCCGGCUAGGCAGGCAGGCAGCGCAGCCCGUCUCGGCCCUGCCCUGCCCUGCUCCGGUGCGAGCGAGCGAGCGAGCGAAGCGGCGGUUGCCGGGAGACCCUCGGAGCGCGGACCCUCGGAGCGAGCGAGCCCCCCGCCAUGCCGCUGCUCUUCCUGGAGCGCUUCCCCUGGCCCAGCCUGCGCGUCUACGCGGCGCUCAGCGCCCUGGCCCUGCUGGGCUGCCUGCUCAGCGCCCACAGCGCCCUCCGCCAGGCCGAGACCCCCGAGCCCGGCCCCGGCCCGCCCGAAGGGGGACAAGCGGCCCUCGAGCCUCCCCCGCCGCCGCCGCCUCCGCCGCUGUCGUUGCCGCCGGGCCACGGCCCCGCCGCGCUGGACCUCGCCUACUACCUGCUCUCCGACGGCCUCUGCGUCUGGGUGUUGGUGAAUACAGCCUGUUGCAUUCUGAUGCUGAUAGCAAAGCUAAUACAGACCAUAGUUUUUGGUCCCCUUCGUGUUAGUGAAAGGCAGCAUCUCAAGGAUAAGUUCUGGAACUUCAUCUUCUACAAGUUUAUUUUUAUAUUUGGGGUGUUAAAUGUCCAGACCGUGGACGAAGUGAUCAUGUGGUGCCUCUGGUUUUCUGGACUCGUCUUCUUACAUCUCAUGGUUCAGCUUUGCAAGGAUAGGUUUGAAUAUCUGUCUUUUUCACCUACCACCCCGUUAAACAGCCACAUUCGGGUCCUGACGCUGCUGGUUGUCAUGCUGCUUUCCUGCUGUGGCCUCGCAGUGGUGUGCGGCAUCAUUGGCUACGCACACGGAAUGCACACCCUAUCCUUCAUGGCGGCGGAGUCCCUGCUGGUCACCGUAAGAACCGUGCAUGUGAUUUUACGUUACAUCAUUCAUCUCUGGGAUCUGAAUCACGAAGGCACCUGGGAGAGCAAAGGCACCUAUGUUUAUUACACCGAUUUCAUCAUGGAGCUGAUGCUGCUGUCCCUGGAUUUGAUGCAUCACAUUCACAUGCUGAUUUGGAAGCUGUUUGGCAACAUUUGGCUGUCGAUGGCCAGUCUGGUGAUCUUCAUGCAGCUGCGUUACCUGUUCCAUGAAGUUCAGCGCAGGCUGCGGCGCCAUAAGAAUUACCUGCGGGUGGUUGGAAACAUGGAAGCCAGGUUUGCAGUGGCAACUCCUGAAGAAUUGGCCUCCAACAACGAUGACUGUGCCAUUUGCUGGGAUUCCAUGCAGGCUGCCCGGAAGCUCCCUUGCGGCCACCUCUUCCAUAACUCAUGCCUGCGCUCCUGGCUCGAGCAAGACACCUCCUGCCCGACCUGUAGGAUGUCACUGAAUAUUGCGGACAACCAGCAAGCUCCAGAGGAUCACCCAAGAGAGAACCUGGAUGAAAACUUGCCCCCUGUGGCAGCAGCCGAAGGAAGACCUCAUCUCAACCAGCACAAUCACUUCUUCCACUUUGAUGGGUCUCGUAUCGCUAGCUGGCUUCCGAGCUUUUCGGUCGAGGUGAUGCACACCACCAACCUCCUUGGGAUCGCUCAGGCCAGCAACUCUCAGCUCAAUGCCAUGGCCCAUCAAAUCCAGGAGAUGUUCCCCCAGGUUCCUUACCACCUCAUUCUCCAGGACCUGCAACUGACCCGCUCGGUAGAAAUAACAACGGACAAUAUUUUAGAGGGACGCAUCCAGGUGCCUUUCCCAACACAGCGUUCUGACAGUAUCCGACCAGCAUUGAACAGUCCUGUAGAAAGACAGAAUACCGAUCAAGAAGAUGCUGAGGAGGAAAUGGAGACGGAAAGGAUCCCUCUUGAACUCAGAUCAAGGCUGGAAGACACGGCGGAGUUUAAUGAAAUGAUGGAAGCAGAAGCAGCCCAGACAGAGGACUUCGAAGUGAGAGGCAGCCGCUUCUCCAAGUCGGCAGACGAGAGGCAGCGAAUGUUGGUUCAGAGGAAGGAAGACUUGUUGCAACAAGCACGCAGGCGCUACCUUAACAAAAGCUUCGAUGAUCCCACGCCGGACUUUCCCUCCCAGGCUGAAGGAGCAGCCUCCGACUCCAUCACUUUACGACGCAGGAUGUUGGCCGCCGCCGCCGAGCGAAGGUUACAGAAACAGCAUCCGUCCUAACGCUUCUGGUCCGCUGUUCCUUCCCCCCCUCCCCCCACACGUUCACCUCGAUAUCAUCCCGCAUUCUUCUCGCUGGGAUCGGAGCCCAGCGAACUCAGAAAAAGCCCACGGCUCUUAAAGGACCAGGGAUCAGGUUGGGCCGCAUCUCCGCUCUCGAGAAAAAAAAAAAAAAAAAGCAUGUGAUCGCUCCUAAGUGUUUGGACACCUGGGCACUUCGCCUUUUCUCUCGGGUUUAUUGAUAUAUAUUUUUUUUCCUCCCAGGUUGGGGUUUUCUCUCUUUUUCUUUUUCUUUUUCUUUUUUUUCAGGGGGUGCCUAAUUUCUACACCUACCCACCCCUCUUUGUGACCCAAACUUUUCAAGCUUACUGUGUGUUGCAAGAGGGGGGGAGGAGAAACGAGGGGGCUGCGUGUUUGUGGACAGUGUGAGUGACAGUCCCUUGCCGAUAAUGACUUCCCCGUGAAGGUCUUUUGAGGAGGAGUAGAAUAAGUAAGAAGUAAAGGGUUAUUUUUUAAAAAAAAGAAAUUGUCGUUCCAUCCUCCUGCUCCUCUCCUUCUUCUCCUCCUCCUCCUCCUCUUCCUCUCCUCCUUCUCAUCUCUUCUCCUUCUCUUUCUCCUCCUCCUCCUCCUCCUCUUCUCCUUCUCCUCUCCUCUUCUCCUUCUCUUUCUCCUCCUCCUCUCCUCCUCCUCCACCUCUUCUUCUCCUCCUCCUCUUCCUCUCCUCCUUCUCCUCUCUUCUCCUUCUCUUUCUCCUCCUCCUCUCCUCCUCCUCCACCUCUUCUCCUCCUCUUCCUCUCCUCCUUCUCCUCUUCUCCUUCUCUUUCUCCUCCUCCUCUCCUCUCCUCCUCCUCCUCCUCCUCCUCCUCCUCCUCCUCUUCUCCUCCUCCUCCUCUCCCUUUCCUCUCCUCCCCUUCUCCUUUUCCUCCUCCUCCUCCCCUCCUCCUCCCUUCUGUAAGCAAACAUGGCUGCUGGUUUUUUUCCCAUCCCAAACGUAUGUAGCAUCGUUUGGAUAAAAGUGACAUUUCUACAGUUUGGGGCAGGGAAGCUGUGCGUGUUAAUCUGCAGGAGUUGCAUCGGAGCAAAAGUUUUGCUGCAGUUUCCAAGCGACUCGAAGCCAGACGUUCAAACUCCCCCACCCCCACCCCAUUCCUCAUGUGGAAAGUUUUCAUCAUCUCUGGGUUGCUUCCCCCCCCCCCCGAGAGGCUGGCGAGAAAAUUCAUUUUUAACUGCGGCUAGCGUUAGAAUACCCAGCCACGAGGAUGCUGUAAGUUGCUUUUUUAGCGCAGCAUUUCAGUAAAGCAAGCAGGGCAAAACGAAGAGAAUUCAACUUGGAAGUAAAUUGCAGAGAAACCCCCCCCCCCCCACGACAUUCAGAAGAUGGCAUUUUCAUAUGACAGGCGGGGCAGCAUGCAAAAAAUCUAUUUUUUUAAGUGUACAUUUUGCAAUAAACGUUAGCUUGAUAAAAUGUGCAGGUUUAAAAGACUCGAGGGCUAUUUGAUACGUAGUUAGGUAUGUUCCAGCAGUUCUCAAAUCCUUAAAUUGCUAAUAACUCUGUCGGAAGCUUCUUAGGUUUUUGGCUCCGUAAAUAUGUUUACAAGGCAAGGCAAGCAUAUUUUUAAGUGUUUCAGGAGUAUCCCCCGUAUCCAGAAGGAGCCCAGUAUUAAUGGGGGGGGGGGGAACAGAAACAAAACAGAUUUUUUUUCACUGCUAGGUUUUUAGGACGUUUAAAGGUGAAUACCGUAUAAGAAAAACCGGACAGUGUUUAAGUGAAGAUAAUUUAUUUCGAUAUACCCUUUGCAAAGCCUUACUUUUCAACGCUUGUUUAAACUUUGGAGGGGGGGUGGAAAAAUACAGACUCUUUUGUGGUUCAAUUUUGCUCAGAACUCGGCUUUUUGUUUUUAUUGUUUUAAAAAAGGAAAAAUAAAAACCUCUCGAUCAGUGUU